AACAAAUGGAACAACGAGUAGGGAAGAGCUUGGAGACAGGGCAAGAAAACAAGACCUGGGAGUUGUCCCCCUCCUGUUCCCCCUUCACUUCACGCUCCUCACCAUACAAUACAGGUAGCUCCUCUCCCUCACCCCAACUCGUGCUCUCCCCUCCCUCCAUACAAUACGGUUGGGUUGGCUGCUUCGCCAUGACCAUGGAGAGAGCUUGGGAGGGACGAGUGGACAUGCCCAGCUCUGGUCUUUUCGCCAUUCACGGCAUGGUCGGCCAAGGGCUUCUGUUGACGGAGGCGAUACCUCCGCCGCAGACUCCUACAGAGCCGAUGGAGUACCUGUCCAGGUCAUGGAGCGUGUCGGCCGAGGAGAUAUCCAAGGCCCUGCUGCUCAAAGGGGGCAACAAGAGGAGCUUCUUUGCCGCAGACCAUCUUCUGCCGCAGACUACGGAGACCUCCCACGCGCUCAUCGUCCCCGCUGCUUCCAGCCAUCAGAUUCAACAGCAGCAUCUAGACGCAACAAUGAACUCCAUCAGCUUCCACCACCAGUCAAACUCAGUAAGCAGAUGGUUCCAGCACAAGGAGACCACAGGACGGGCCAAACAAGGCCGAAAAGAGAAGGCGCGUGCCGACAGGGCCCAGGUGCACGCCAUGGUGUCUGUGGCCCAAGUGUCCGCCGCGGUCGCUGCCGUUACUUCAGCCACCUGUUGUGACAGCCAGGACUCCAAGAUAGCUGCAGCCAUGGCGUCCGCCACCAAGCUACUGGCUUCACACUGUGCCGAGGCAGCGCAGCUUGCUGGGGCAGGUCACGAACAGGUGUCCUCUGCUGUCCGGUCCGCGGUCGGUGUCACGAGUCCGGGUGAUCUCAUGACCCUCACAGCGGCCGCAGCGACUGCUUUGAGAGGAGCAGCAACGCUGAAGAAGAGGGUUCAGCGUGAGACGAGAAGCAAUGCGAGUGUCCUUCCUUAUGAGAAGGCCCCUUCCUGGAGUCCUGAUAUCUGGUGCAAGGAAGGGAAGCUGCUGAAGCGCACAAGAAAAGGUGAUUUACACAAGAGAGGAGUGUCAAUCUACAUCAACAAGAGGUCACAGGUCAUACUGAAGCUGAAGAGUAAACACAUUGGAGGUGCACUAUCGAAAAACAGUAAAAGUGUGGUUUAUGGGGUAUACAGUGAGCCCCCAGAGUGGACCGAACCAGGGAAAAGUUCACCAGAGACAUGCUGCUUUGGCUUGAGCACGGCACAGGGCCUGGUUGAAUUUAAGUGUGAGAGCAGCACCAGUAAACAGAGUUGGGUUCAUGGCGUUCAAAAUCUGCUCCAUCAGGUUGAUGUAGCGGAUCAGGUAGGAAACCGGCUAGAAACACUGAAACUCAAUUGGUGCAGUUAGUACAUGAAUGCAAAUUUUGAGAGCAGAGACUGUAUUAAGACAUGUCCUUUGCACUGUCUGUGUAAUCAAUAACAUCAGAAAAUGUUCUUGGCAGGUACUUUUGUACUUGGAAAGAUGGUGGGAGUGUGGGACAAAUAGUAUGCAGUAUUUCUUGAUUAUUC